AUGGCUCUAAACAUGAAACAGCAAGAGAAAUGCCAAUCGAGCAUUGCUUCUUCGAGGCCAUCCGUGCCUGAAACAAUCAGUCAGAGGCCUGCUCCUGUCAAGUUUUCAGACGAUACCAAGCGACUUCAACACAUUAACAACAUAAGAAAUUCUCCUGUUGGUGCUCAAAUCAAGCUUGUCAUUGACCUUUUGUUUAAGACAAGGCAAGCCUUUACGGUAGAACAAAUAAACGAAGCGUGUUAUGUUGAUAUGAAUGCCAAUAAGGCUGUUUUUGAUAGUAUGAGGAACAAUCCGAAAGCGCAUUUUGAUGGAACAAGGUUCUCUUACAAGGCUACACACGAUGUCAAAGACAAGAGCCAGCUUCUUUCGUUGGUAAAUAAAUACCCUGAUGGGAUUAUCGUGAAUGAUCUCAAAGACGCCUACCUUAAUGUCCUAGAGGAUUUGCAGGCUCUGAAAUCUUCAGAAGACAUUUGGUUGCUAUCAUCAAAUUCAAAAGAGUACAUUGCGUACCCAAAUGAUUUCAAGAAUGAGAUUAAGGUCGAUGAAGAGUUUAAAGCUCUAUUCCGGGACAUAGAUAUCCCGAGCAACAUGCUAAACGUGGAGAAAGAGCUGCUGAAAAUCGGCUUGAUGCCGGCGACCAACACUGCGGAGAGGGAAGCUGCUGCACAGAUGCAUGGCAUAUCAAAUAAACCGAAGGAGAAGAAGAAGAAACAAGAGAUCAGCAAGAGAACCAAAGUCACUAAUUUCCAUCUUCCCGAGCUCUUACAAAAACCUUAA